AUGGAGCACCAACCAAAGCUUUUUAUUUCUAAUAAUGCUCUUCAUUAUGCCAUUGAACAACAUUUACCACCUAUAAAUAUCAAAUGUGAACCGAAAGUAAUCAAUCAAAAACAUGGCACUAUACUCAUAAAAGAAUUAUUCUCAGCAAUUGAAAAAGAGUUUCGGAAACUAAAUGCUAAAUAUGUUAAACCUCUUGGAUUUGAUUAUUGGUUUAUUGAUCGGGACGGUAAUCUACAAUGCUAUACACGAGAAAUUGAACUGUUCGUAUUUCUCUGUGAUCCACAAAAUUAUCCUAUUAAGCUAUCAAAUUCAACAACAAUUAAUCCUAAUCCUCCAAAACGACUCCCUCCACAACGUAUGAUCAUUCUUAAAUAUGUACCAAGAGAUAUUCAUAUUAAAGAUAUUAAAAAUGAAACAUUUUCCAAAUAUAAAUCAGUUUUCAACAUUGAAGAAAUGCGAGGAACAAUAGAUGGGAAAAAUCGACAUGUACGUCUUGAUUUAACAGAUCAUGAAGAUUACAUGCAUGAUGAAUGUGCUGUUCCAAUUGUACAUCGUUUUCAUUCACCAUCCAAUGAUAAUGAUCUCUUCUCGUACAGCUUCGAUGUGGGUUCUGUUCAUGUUGCGUGCUAUUCCAUGAAACAUGACUUUCUUCCUUCAUCAUCACAAUAUGCUUGGAUCAAGCAUGAUCUAAGUUCUGUAGAUCGCAAUCGUACACCAUGGGUAAUUGUUGGAUCACAUCGACACAUGUUUUCGUCAAUAGUACAUGAUGUCGAUGAUUCAAUAAAAGCAAUGUUACAAAAGUAUCUGGAGUCCAUAUUUUACAAAUAUCAUGUGGAUAUUAAUCUUUUUGAACAUAUUACAUAUUUAUAG